AUGAGAGAAACUGGCAGGUUUUUUCCAUGUUAUAGUUUUGAUAUGGUUCCCUCGUCUAUACAGUUUUUGAAAUUACUAAUUCAUUAUGACAAGAUAAACCUUAGCUAAAAUAUAUUUUUCUCGAAAAUUAUCUUGUGAUUUGACAUUUAUUGGCAUUUAGUCGUUAUUCAAUAGAAUAUCAAUCUUUGUGGAUAAUCAUAUUUAAUUCUCUUGGAGAUGGCUGCUCAGAAACAAAAGUCUCGUUCAUCAAGAGAAGAGCCCAAAAAGAAUUCCUUAAUUCAAGAACUCAUAAAGUCAGAUGCUGAUGAAGAUAAAAAUUCCAAAAAAAUGGAAUUAUUCAAAUCAGCUGGUUUUGAUAUGAGGCCUGAUUUAUCUAAAAAAUUUAGGUCAUUCUCAAUCCAAAGUAUAAUAAGCAAAGUCUUGAAUGACAAUCUUUAUGGCCAAACAUACUCACCAGAUACAGCCGAGGAAUUAACCAAAUCACUUGCCACCACCAUAAGACUAAAAUUGAAAGGUGAAGUCUACGAGAGAUACAAACUUAUUGUUAAUGUUGUGCUUGGGGAAAGGAGGGGUGGAGGAGUGAAAGUCGGAGCAAGAUGCUUGUGGGAUCCAGAAACAGAUUCAUAUACCUCAGAAAGUUUUGUGAAUGAAUCACUUUUCUGUGUUGCCUCGGUGUACGGUCUAUUGUUCUAUUGAAAUGAGCUGAUUAUUAUAAUAAUACCAAAGUCUUUUCAUAUUG